GCAAAGAUUGCAUCUUUUCUCAUUUCUGCGUAACUUUAAAUGUUCUCUUGGCUGAAGAUGCAGGGCUUAAACCUUUCUUCCCGUUUUUGCUUCGUUGGGAAGAUAAGAAUUGACCCUUUAGUAGCAUUUUCUUAUGGAAAAAAAAAAUUAUACUGAGUUUUAGAGAACCUCUAACUAUACGUGAAAGGAUAUAUUAUUAAUAUCCGAAUGAAAUGGACUCGUGUAGAUGGAUAGAUAGGAUUCAUAUAGCCUAUCUUAUCUAAUUUUAGGAUUGAGGGUAGUUGAUUCAUUGAUCAAAUGAUGGGUUCUCCAUAGGUUAGCAGUUAAUCAAAUUCAGUUAACGAAAAGAAAAUAGCAUUGAAAUCGAUUUUUAUUGACCAACCAGAAUUGCCUUCCAUGAUCUAUAACUGCCUCAAGAUGUCCAAUAUAUAUACAUUAUUGGACCUUUUGACUAACAAUCAAGAAGAUCUUAUGAAAAUUGAACAUUUUCGUUGAAGAUAUAAAACAGAUAUUGGGCAUUUUAGAAAAAUAUCUCAUGGGUGUUCCAUCUAACUCGAAUGCACGGUUUUAUACGAUUAGCUGCACUUAUGAGUACUUUGACUGGUGUAGCAGACUGCUGAUUGAUUUUAGCUGUUGUCGAUUCAAUGUCCUCUGCGGUUAAGUUGGAAUCAGUUAUCUGUCACAACAGUGAGUUGCCAGAUUAUACAUCUGUAAAUGGGCAGGUGGCAUCUGCCAAAAGAUUAAAUGUGGUACGCAAAAUCCUUGACGGAUUGCGUAGACAAGGGGAAUGGUCGGCUAUCAAGACAUCAAUUGGUGCAGUUCGAAGAGUAGCUAGUGGCAGGUAUUCCAAAAGUAAUCGAGAUGUGGAUAUGGAAGAAAAAAGGGAACAUGGAUCUGGAAGAAAAUCUGGACCUCUUUUGUCUGGAACUGCAUAUUGCCUUUCUUCUUGUUGCAUGAUAAUGCUGAACAAAGUUGUCCUUUCAAGUUAUUCGUUCAAUGCUGGGGUCUCAUUGAUGUUUUACCAGAAUCUUAUCAGUACUCUUAUAGUUGUUAUAUUGGGUUGCUCUGGAGCAGUUACAGUGGAGAAGCCCAAUUGGAAGCUAAUUAAAGUUUGGAUCCCCGUGAAUUUGAUCUUCAUUGGCAUGCUUGUUUCAGGCAUGUAUAGUUUGAAAUACAUAAAUAUUGCAAUGGUGACAAUUCUGAAGAAUGUGACAAAUAUUUUAACAGCAAUAGGAGAAUUGUAUAUUUUUGGGAAGCGGCAGAAUCAGAAAGUGUGGACUGCCAUGUUUGUUAUGAUUAUCUCUGCUAUAUCUGGAGGUAUAACAGACCUCUCAUUUGACGCUACGGGGUAUGCUUGGCAAUCAGCUAAUUGCAUUCUCACUGCAAGCUACUCACUCACAUUACGACGUGUCAUGGACAGAGCAAAGCAAUUUACAAAAUCUGGAUCUCUUAAUGAAGUUUCAAUGGUGUUACUGAACAAUGGGAUAUCUAUACCUUUUGCUGUCGUCUUGAUCUUCCUGUUCGAUGAAUGGAGUUACGUUAUUAAUGCGGAUGUAAUUAAGAUACCUAUGUUUUGGGUUGCUGCAACAGCCAGUGGACUUCUUGGGUUAGCCAUUAGCUUCACAUCUAUGUGGUUUUUGAAACAAACUGGGCCAACCACCUACAGUCUUGUGGGUUCCUUAAACAAGAUUCCCAUUUCUAUUGCUGGCCUUUUAGUGUUCAAGGUUCCACUCAGUAUUCCCAAUUUAUUCAGCAUACUUUUCGGUCUUCUUGCUGGCGUACUAUUUGCCAGGGCUAAGAUGUCUUGACUCCAUGCUACACUUGGGUCAUAGAUAAGUGAUUUGCAUCCUUGAAAAUCAAACGGCCCGGCAUAUCUAUCAAUAAAAACUCUAAAUACACCAAGGGAUUCACACAAAUUUCCCUAUACAAGUCAUUUGUAGGCAGUAGUGUCCGUCAGAGGCUCAUUCAAGUGAAAUGGAGCAUCUAUCAAUUUUGGUUUUUGUGAGAGUAAUUAUUCAAUUCAGUCAUCUGAACAUCUUUUUCUUUUUCUGGAAUAUGGUCAAAAUACUUCAAAAAGAUACAUAUACUGUAGAAAGGGAUAAAAGAAUUCCCAAUGGGAUUAAUGAAAAUAUUAUAAUUGUAUCA